AGCGGUAAUAAGAUUGUAAAUACGAAUCGAAUGAAACGUGGUUGUUUGCCGUACGAACAUAUCGGUAUGAUCUAGACGUGUUUAAUUGUUUUAGUUCAGUUCAAACGUUCGCAUUGCCAUGUCGAAAAUUUGCAAAACACCUGUAAUGAUCCUGCAGGAACUCGCUCAGAAGUAUCACUGGGCGCCCCCCGAGUACAACAUAGUAAAUUGCAUAACGGGAAGUCACAUAAACAAAUACGAUUUUGAGGUGUCCGUACACAACAUCGUGGCCGGCGGCACCGGCCCUUCAAAACAGUUGGGCAAACACAAUGCGGCCUACAAUGCCUUGCAACUGCUGAAGGACCUGGAUCUGUUUAAUGAAGAAGAGAAUCCCAUACAAAAGUUCGGUGGUGACACGAAUACGACAGUACCGGUAAACGAGACCAGUUCAAACAUCCACAUGGGAUACAUCAAUGAACUAAGGGAUAUUUGUAUGGAAUAUAAAUUGGCGGACCCCUUUUUUGAAGAAAUAUCAGGGACAGGACCGGCACAUGCCAGAGAAUUUACAUAUCAGUGCACUGUCUCAUCUAUAAAAACUGAAGCAACUGCUGGCACUAAAAAAGUAGCAAAACAAAUGGCUGCCCAAAAGUUACUCGAAAGGGUGAAAGAAAUUAUACCACAACUACAAUCGGAAUCUACAUCCAUCCCAUUUCAAGAAGUUACAAGUAAAAUUAAUGAACUUAAACUAUUCGAUGAAGUUAUUGAAAACAAAUCUAUUUCAAUUUUGGACUAUACUGAAGCAAUACCCAACUUAAUAAAGGAAAGGUACUUAACUAAAGAAGAUUUCCUAGAGUAUUUCAAUAAAAAGGAUAUGGAGAGUUUUGAAACCUUGUUAAAUAAAUUGGACCUAAGACAUCAAUUUAAAAACUUAUCUGGGAAGAAUUGCGUCAUAGUAUCCCUUUCAAUAAGCUGUGAUGUUCCCUUUACACUUAUUGGCUUAGGAAGUACUGAGGAAGAAGCAAAGCAGGAUGCUCUGUCCCAGGCAUUUAGACAUAUUGAAGUUUACAUAAAAUCUAUGUAAACCAUCAUACAAGUUUUUUUUUUUGUUAGUUUUAAUGCCUUUGAUCUGUGAUUUAAUUUUACCUUAAUAAGCAUAGAAUAUUUUUUAACUUAAUAUGUGAAGAAUAGUUUUUUAAAUUUAUUGAUUAAGGAGUGUUAUGAUUUAAUUAUAAUAUUACCAGAAAUAUCUUUCUUUAAUAAAAGUCAGUUCAGUAAAAAA